AUCUUGUCGAUCUUCGAACUAUGUCCCUUCAAACUGCCACUCGUAAGAGACGCACUAAAGUGGCAAGACCCAAUAGUAAGCGUAAAGAUCAUGAAUAUGUACAAGAUAUCUGCGCGGCCCUGACGAUUUCCAUAUCAUAUAUACUUUUCACCUGAAUCCUCCAGGCUCGAUUUCCGGUACGUAGUUGUAACAGCUAAUUCAGAGUGUGAGUUCUUUGUUCAUAAGGUUUGGGUUUGAGGCCUAAACCUUAACUCCGCGCCUGACUUAAGCACCACCCGCGCCCCAAAACUUAAGUUACGCUGCAUUCCGAACGGACUUAAGGACUGAGCAGUACAUUGCGUUGGGAGUUCAUUGCAAUACAUUUUGGGAAUUUACAUUUUCCCUGCGACGCAACUACCAAGCGUAUUAAUUACAGCCGUCUCGC